AUGAAAGAUUCCAACUAUUUAUUAUGUCAAAAAGAAUUAUUUGAUCACGUACCAAUUCCUCCCGAAAACAUUCACAUCAUUAAAUCAGAUUUAGUGGAAAAUAUUGAUUUGGCUUAUAAAUCUGGCGAAACAGAAAAAGGAGAAGAAUUGGCUCAAGAAAUAGUUGAUGAUUAUGAAAAUCAACUUGUUUCUGUAUUUGGUUCUUUAAAUCCUGUAAAAUAUCCUGUAUUUGAUUUAUUAUUAUUGGGUCUCGGUCCAGAUGGUCACACUUGUUCAUUAUUUCCUGAUCAUCCUUUAUUAAAAGAAACUUUAUGGGUUGGUUAUAUCGAUAAUUCACCUAAACCACCUUCUAGAAGAAUUACUUUCACUUUACCAGUAAUUAAUCAUGCUCAUUCAAUCAUUUUUGUGGCAACGGGUGAAAAUAAACAAGAUAUUUUGAGAAAAAUAUUAGAUGAGAAUAAUUAUGAUGAUUUACCUGCUAAAUUAGUUAAACCUUCUCAUGGACAAGUAUAUUGGUAUUUAGAUCAAUCGGCUGCUGCUAAACUUAAUUUCUAA